CUCGGCCCUCUUAAAGGGCUAGGCUGAAAUUUGAGCGUCCUCGUAGGCAACUUUCCCGCCUUUAACUUCUCAAGAUUUGGAAACUCCUUCUGGCGGGCAGUUACUUCUUUUGGGUUUUGGUGAACGAAUAUAAAGAAAAUGAAAAUAUUGCUUAUACUUCUUUGAGACCAAUACAGACUACAACUUUAGGGAAAACAGCUAAGGUUUAUCUUUCCCCAUUUUCACUCAGCAAUUCCAAGCUAAGCCUAUUUAAGUUGUCCGAAUCCCCAGUGGAAAAGAGUUCUAGUAAUGCAGUGUGUAAGAAGACCAGCCUGAAGAAAGCUUGCAGAACGGUUUUAACUCCAAAGAUGAAGGCCUUAUCCUCCAAGGCAGAAUCCAGUCUGCUGAAACUGUCCUCGGAAGCUUAUCCUCAGAGUACCAAGCUGGAGCACAGGAGCAUGUCAGACUCAGAGCCUCUUGGUGUGGACAUGGACAGCAGCGACGAGGACAGCGCCCCAGGACUGGAUGACUUUUCAACAUUGUCACCUUACGAGAGGAAGAGAUUGAAGAACAUCAGAGAAAAUGCAAACUUUUUUGCCUCCCUUCAGUUAUCAGAGUCAGCUGCAAGGCUCCGUGGAAUGAUAAAGAAGAGACAGCCACCUGAGUCAAAGAGAAAGAGGCCUAAGAAGAAAGAAAGCGAGAUCGGAUGCCGCCGGUCCAUGCGGUUGUUGAAAGUGGAGCCGUUGGGAAUUUCCUCACCAUCAGCAGAACCAGCAUUAGAAGAGGAAGGAAGUCCUUUGUUACCUCCUGGACCCUUAGAAAUGAUUCCCGAAAACCAAGAUGACAGCAGUGAACAGUUGAAAGCAUCUUUGAAGACAUGGGCAGAGAUGAGCAGGACGAGUCAUGAGAAGACCAAGAAGGGCCUCUCCAGCAUUAAAAGCUACAAAGCCUGUUUAAGUGGCAUGGUCGUCAGUGAAGCUACUGUUCGUAAAGUGACCAAAGGCGCCAUCUCUUCUGUGGCCAUCCACCCAUCAGAAGUGAGAACCUUGGUAGCAGCAGGGGCCAAGUCUGGGCAAAUCGGACUUUGGGAUUUGAGCCAGCAGGGCGAAGAUGGAGUGUAUGCCUUCUGUCCUCACAGUCAGCCUGUCAGCUGCCUGUACUUCUCACCCAGCAAUCCAGCUCACCUUCUGUCCCUGAGCUAUGACGGCACACUGCGAUGUGGGGACUUUGCCAGCGCCGUUUUUGAAGAGGUGUACAGGAAUGAGACAAAUUCCCUCUCCUCCUUUGACUUCUUGGCCGGCGAUGCCUCCACCCUGUUAGUGGGACACUGGGAUGGACAUUUGUCACUGGUAGAUAGACGGACACCUGGAACGUCCUAUGAGCAGUUUUUCAGCUCCUCUUUGGGGAAAAUACGAACCGUUCAUGUCCACCCAGUAUCCAGACAGUAUUUCGUCACAGCAGGAUUGAGGGACGUUCAUAUUUAUGAUGUGAGGUGCCUGAACUCCAGGAGGAGCCAGCCUCUGCUCUCCCUGACUGGACACUCGAAGAGCAUUGCCUCUGCGUACUUUUCGCCUGUUACUGGUAACAGAGUGGUGACCACGUGUGCUGACUGUAAGCUGAGAGUCUUUGACAGCAGCUCCAUAUCUUCCCAGAUUCCUCUCCUCACCACCAUCAGGCACAACACAAUCACUGGGAGAUGGCUAACGAGGUUCCAGGCCGUGUGGGACCCUAAACAAGAAGAUUGCUUCAUAGUUGGCAGCAUGGCCCACCCCCGGCGGGUGGAGGUCUUCCACGAGACGGGAGAGGCCGUGUAUUCUCUUCUGGGAGAAUGUCUGGUGUCUGUGUGUUCCCUCAGCGCCGUGCAUCCUACUCGGUAUAUCCUGGCUGGAGGGAAUUCCAGCGGGAGGGUGCAUAUUUUUAUGCACCAAGAAAGCCUCUGAGCUACUGGGUAGGUUCAACAAAUUGCUGAAAAUUGUUCCGUGGCUAAGGAACCUCGAGAUUUCUCUCACACAGUGUAGUGCAUUUGUUGAGUUAUUUGUUAUAUUUAGCAAAUGUGACAUUGCUUUCUCGGUAAGACCUCUGUGCAGAAUGUGGGAUUAGCGGGGGAGGAACUUUACGGCCAUUUCUAGAGGAUGAGGCAGGGACCUGGAGCAGAAAUUGGGAUGCUUUCAGGACUUUCUGGUUGAUUGAGACAGGGUAUUUUGUAGUCCAGCUCAGACUCUCUCUGUAGUCAAGAAUGACCUGGAACUCAUGAGCCUCUUGCCUCUACCUAUUAAGUGCCAAGACCCCAGGCGUGGACCACUGCGCUCAGCUCAGCAUUGCUCAGCACUUUCAAUGGCUGCAUUCUGAGAAAUCCUAACAAAUGAUAAAGCUCUGAGCGGCUGUGAUUAACUUUCUGGGAUAUAAUGGGAGACUAUCUGCUGCAGCAGUGAUCUGUAGAUCUGUGAUUUAUUUAGUUUGGGGUGAAUAUUUAUUUCUUACACUAGAAUAGGUCCUAAAAGGUCCUCUAAGUCUAAUGAUGAAACAUUAUUGGACCCCAGGGACGGUCACCUGCUGGGCACGUAGUCUGCUAUUGACUCAAAUACCCCAGCUCUGAAACUUAGUUUUGCUUUGUUGCUGACACUGGACCUUCCUAUGAAGCCCAGGCUACCCUUGAACUUCAGUCUCACUUUCCCAAGUGCUAGUUCCAUAGGUUUGUACUACCGUGCCCAGCCGGAACUUAGUUUGGUAAGCUAAGAACCUCUUUGGGGAUCCGUGUUUCUCGGCUCAGUGUCACUGGAAAUCUCACAGAAACCACUGGAGAACUGUUGGCUUUUAAGACUGGGGCUCGAGUCUGCACACUUAGAGCUCUGCCGUCUGCUCUCUCUGGGAAGCUCCUGGAAUGGGCCAGGACUGCACUGUGUUUGAACUUGCACCUUUAACUAUAUUCUCAUGUUUCACUGUGUACAGACUGGGCUCCAGGCGGGGUUUGUAGUUUUUCACAUGAAAUUAGUAACCCCAGCACGUGAGAGGCAGAAGCCAGAGAAUCCGGAGUUCAAGGCCAGCCUGGCUCACCUUCCCUUGCCCCCAAAUUAAUAAAGCACAGAAAAAAAAACAAAAUUCAGAUGUUUUUAUUUUUUAAGUAGAGUAUUUAAAAAGAAAACUUAGUUUCAUAUGCACAUGUAUAGGGUAUAUGGUGAUGUAUAUUCUGCUGAACCAGUGGCCUGGUGUCACAGUGUAGUCAACCUUUUUCCAUUGCUGUUUGUCAAAGCUACUACUGAAAGGCUUAGAGUUGAGGCAGCAUGUUUGGAUUGUAAGAGGGGAUACUCAGUUAUACGUCACAAAUAAAAUG